UUUUCGACCUGCGUGUUACUGUGAAGCUCCGCCCCGGAGGAAGUCGCUCUGACCCGGUCUGACUUGACAGGACUCCCGGGCGAAGGACGGUCGGCUCUCCCGGAACUCUCCCGGAACUCUGCAGCCGUAUCGGCUCGGAUUCUUUCCACAUCGGGGUUCGGUCCAACAUGGCGGCUUACGGAUGGAAAUACUGAUGACAGUCCGAAAGAUCGCCUCGAUUUGUACGAUGGGCGCCAAUGCCUCUGCCUUGGAAAAGGAGAUUGGACCGGAACAGUUCCCCGUGAACGAACACUACUUCGGGCUGGUCAAUUUUGGGAACACCUGCUACUGUAACUCGGUGCUGCAGGCGCUGUACUUCUGCAGGCCGUUCAGGGAGAAGGUCCUGGCCUACAAGGUGCAGCCUCGGCGGAAGGAGUCCCUCCUCACCUGCCUGGCCGACCUCUUCAACAGCAUCGCCACGCAGAAGAAGAAGGUCGGAGUCAUUCCCCCCAAGAAGUUCAUCUCCCGGCUGAGAAAAGAGAAUGAGCUGUUCGACAACUACAUGCAGCAGGACGCCCACGAGUUCCUCAACUACCUCCUCAACACCAUCGCCGACCUGCUGCAGGAGGAGAAGAGCCAGGAGCGGCAGCAGAACGGGAAGCUGGUGCACAACGGCGGCGGCAGCGAGGGCGGAGGAGGGGGAGGGGGAGGGGGAGGAGGAGGAGGAGGAGGGGGGGGGACGGACGGCGACGGGGGGAAGGAGGCGCAGCAGACGUGGGUCCACGAGAUCUUCCAGGGAACGCUGACCAACGAGACGCGCUGUCUCAACUGUGAGGCCGUGAGCAGUAAAGACGAGGACUUCCUGGACCUGUCGGUGGACGUGGAGCAGAACACGUCCAUCACGCACUGCCUCCGGGGCUUCAGCAACACCGAGACGCUGUGCAGCGAGUACAAGUAUUACUGCGAGCAGUGCCGCAGCAAGCAGGAGGCCCAGAAGAGGAUGAGGGUGAAGAAGCUGCCCAUGAUCCUGGCGCUCCACCUCAAGCGCUUCAAGUACAUGGACCAGCUGCACCGCUACACCAAGCUGUCCUACCGCGUCGUCUUCCCGCUGGAGCUCCGCCUCUUCAACACGUCCGGGGACGCCACCAACCCCGACCGCAUGUACGACCUGGUGGCCGUGGUGGUGCACUGCGGCAGCGGUCCAAACCGUGGACACUACAUCACCAUCGUGAAGAGCCACGGCUUCUGGCUGCUGUUUGACGACGACAUCGUGGAGAAAAUCGACGCGCAGGCGAUCGAGGAAUUCUACGGCCUGACGUCGGACAUUUCCAAGAACUCGGAGUCGGGGUACAUCCUGUUCUACCAGUCGAGAGACUGACCCUCUGGACGGCGGAAUCCCCAGCAGACUGUCCACCCCUGAGGGGGGGGCGGAGCUCCACCCAGUACCCGGGCUUCAUUCCCUGUAGGCGGAGCUUUGCACUGGAGCGCCACCGGGGCCGGCGGGGGCGCGAGCGGGGCGCGAGUCAGCCUCCUGGAUUCCCACUGUCCUCACUGCGACAAGCACUUUACAGCACCGAGAGGAAGGAGCGCGGCCGAGCGCUGGCUUCGCACUGCGGCGCCGAGCAGCGACAAUCCAAGAGGCUGACAUCGUGCGCCGAGGUCAAAGGUCGAGGGGCCGCGGAGCAACCGGUCGGUAACGGCGCGGGACGACGGAGGCCGUCCGUCCUCCGAUCGGCGAGCCGCCACCGGUCACCACAUUCUUCCUUCGGUUUGUUUUCCUGUGCGUGUUGAACACAGCGCUAGAGAGGCUGACCACAGCUUCACUUUACAUUUAUCAGCUUUAAGAAGGAAGCAGAACAAAAACCAAGUCCUUGAAGUUUCACUACCUUUUAGCGGCUGAACAGCUGGAAUGUCUCCCGAGUUAUGAAGCGGUGCUGAAGACCAACAGUGUUAAGAGCAGAAAACUGAACGAAGCUGCUUCUGUUUUCAACUGUACGACACGAGUGAUGCAAACAACACAAAAACACUUUUUUUUUUUUAUUUUCCAGUGACUUAACCGUCAAACUGUAUAAUAUUUAAGUUUUUUUGUGCGUAAUUUCACUUCACCGCUCACUCGCAACACCACCAUGUGGCACAAAGUGGUACUGCAAGGCUAACGCGCUGCUGCGGCGCGUUUGAUGACAUUCACUACUGACAGCGGCGUUGACGUUAACUUUAUCCAGCUGCACAAAACAAAAAACUGGUUUUAAAUUAUGAAAUCCAAAUUCAUGCAUCACAUCUUUCAUGUUCUAUAAUUUGAGUUGAGAUAUGAUGACAUACUCUCCGCUGUGGCGGCGUUAUGCUUCCUGAAGCCACAUUAAACGGUCAGUCCUGUAAGCUCCAUUGUACUGUGCUUUCCAACGUUCUCAUGUACAGAUCAUUUGUAUUUUUCUGUUAUUUUCGUGAUUCCUGUCGUCACUCCGUGAGCUCGGAGUCGGCCAAAACCACCGAAGAUUGAGAGGAAAGCUCUCCCAUCAGGAGCCGGAAUGCGGUAAACGUUAAGGAGACGCUCGCCAAGUGGAGAGAGACUGCUGAGUGGUGCCAUUACGAGUCACGCCCGGUGCCACAAAGUUUAACAAAACGCAACAUAGGAAGACGCUGAUUCCAGUAUUUCAACAUAAAGCUGGUUGUUUGUGUUGUUUCAACAUGUCAGACUUUGUUAAAUGCCAGAAAUAUGCACAUUUGUACCUUUUUGGGUUUGUUUUUUUUAAAGGGACACAACAGAAGUACGUUUAGUUGACUGGCUCUAAACAGCCGAACGCCACACUACAGGUGCAGCAGGUCAGACGUCCGGUUCCAGCCGGUUCCAGCCGGUUCCAGCCGGUUGGAGACCGACUGUGUCUUAUUUGUCUUUCAAGCGGCUUCAUCUCCUUCAGCAUCUCUGAAAAGCGAACCAGAUUAUAUCAGUCUGCAUGUUUAAUCUGUAUAAAUACCAGUAACUCCAAGAAUCCCACAAACCUUUGAAAUCUUCCUUCUUUUCCACCGCGUUGUUUUAAAUCUGAUCUAUUGACCUGAAUAUUGGUGGAAUACUCAGAACAUCCUCACCGCAGCUGAAAGACCAAAAUAUCUAGUUUUUAGAUCGUUUGUUCGAAUGAAUGUUGGGGGGAAAAAAACUUCUUUUGUUUCAAAGAAAAAGUGUUAAAUUGGAGCCAUUUGGGCAACAAUCUUCCUCAUCACCUGUUUCUUUUUUAUUUUAGCCACACCAAGUUUAUUCUGAAAGGGUUGAUUUUUACACUCGCUCGCGAAGCCGUUCAGGUCUUCACCUCUGAGGGGUCAAGGGUCACAUGAAUGUUAAAAACGGCCGCUUUACUUCGUUUGGCACCGCUGUGGAUUCGGCCGCGUUGGUUUAUUGUGAAGUCGCUCGCUCUCCAGUCAGGAAGUCCAGUAGAAACAUUAACGUCACGAUGGAUCACAUCCUGUUUCCUGACGCCAGGCUGCUUUCCUGACGACGAACAGAAUGAAAAAAAUCCUUAAAAACGUAUUGUAAUUUGACGAUGAUGUGAAAACUGUUAAAAAUUCUUGGAUUUCCCUCACUAAAAGAUUCAUAUCUAAUAAUAAGAAUCCAGGAAGUGUCGAUUGAUCUUGGAAUUUUUUCGUCAAGAAUUCCCAAAACGUCCACAAGAUGUGUUAUUUAGUUCUUCACAGGCGACGUUUUGAUGGAACGAAAACUUUUUUUUCAGCAGCUACAAAGGAAAUUUUAAAAGAUAAGUGGGAGUGACGGGAGCAGCGAGUGACUUCUGGGAUCGGAACGGAACGACUUUCAUUUAAACCAAAUUCUGUUUCUACUCUCGGCUUUAAGGACAAAUUCAAACUUCACACAAACGAGCACAUUUCUUUGGGAGACUAAAGUCCAGGGAUGAACUCCUGAGCUGGUGACGGACAGAAUAUUUAAAACUCUCACUAAAACAAGGUGUUUUUCUUUUUCUAUUUAAGUUGUAUUAAUAUUAUUCUGAAUGUUCACAUUAACUUUUUUUUCUUAGAUGUUCCACUCGAUUUAAAUAUAUUUUACUUGCCUGCCAUUUGUGUGUAGGCAGUUUUAUUUUGAAACGGUGUUUGGGUUUAUUUUGGACAGUGAAUGAUGAGAGAAGAUGGAUACAUGAAUUCCAGAUUAAUUGGAAUAUAAGUGACUGACUCAAAUAAUCUGAUCUAAAUCAACAUUUACAGGCACAUCUAAAAAAAAAAGAAAUGUUUGAAGAAGUUCAAUAUUUUUCAUCAAUCAUUUCUGAAGGUGAAACCCAAACAUAUUGAUAGAAAUAUUCAUUCUGUGUGUAAUGAAUCAAUAAUGUUUGAGUUUCACUUUGUGAAGUGAACUUUAUUAUAUUCUAAUUCUUUGAGCUGUAGCUGUAAAUGCUUCCACUUGACAUGACGUCUGGAACCUUAUUCUGAAACUCAAUCCUGAAAAUAAAAAGAAAGAUGUUCUUCCUCUCGCCUGAUGUUAAUUGGCUCACUUUUGGCCAUGAUAUUUAAAGAAAAGAAAUAUAAAAAGCUCUCAUUUCGAAGGCUUCAUGUGUUCUGUUUUCACCUUGUUGGAAGAGAAAUAUACUUUGGAGUCCAUGAAGGAAUAUUAAAGUUGUAAAAAGUUUCCAUUUCUGUCUGUCAGACUGUUUUCUUAAAUUGUCUUGUUGCCUGAAUCAACACAAAGUGUGUGAUUUAUUUUUAAUAUAUUUAUAUUAAAAAGCAAAGAGAGAAUCAAUGGUAUUUCAUUAUCAGGAACUGAAAUCAGAAAUUUUAAUAUAAUUCUGUUUUCCUGGAUUUCAUCUAACAGGAAUUUACAUUGUUGAAGGAUAAAUUUAUGAUUUGUUGUGAUUCAAUUCAGCUUUAUUUGAUUGAACAGCAAAGAAAAUUAAAUUUGAAUAAUUUAUGU